GGAUGUGCCGCUAUGUAAAAUGGCGGCGUGAGAGAGGCUCGUUCAAAUCACAGCGGUUUAUUGAUUUUUACCUGUGAAGGUGUUUUACUCACGUUUCUGAAGUGGCCUGCGUCACCUGGAGUUAUCACACAAUCAGUCCGGAUUUACCCUCUAGAAAAGAGCAGGUGGGAUGGCGAAGAGGAUCGCUGACAAAGAGUUAACGGACAGGAACUGGGAUCAGGAGGAGGAGGGAGAGGAGGCGGGGACGUUUUCAGUUGCGAGUGAAGAUGUGUUGAAGAAUCGAGCCAUUAAAAAGGCCAAACGCCGAAACCUCGGAGCUGAGGGGGAGAGUCCAGGAGCGUUCAAAGGUUUUAAAGGCUUUUCUUUGACUGCGGCGGUGACUGCAGCAGCGGCGAGUGGGAGCUCGACUCCCACCCUGUUCUCGGGUUUCGGGAACGGUGGAGGCUUUAAAGGCAUCGGCGGCCUCACCAACGGAAACAGCAUCGCUCCUUCGUUCGGAGGUUUCUCGUCUCCUGCAGCGUCCACUGCUGCUCCAGGUCUGACGUUCAACAGCCCCGCCUCCACUGACAUCACGGCCAAGCAGACCAAUGGCUCCGCCCCGAGCCCGGCUCAAAGCUCGGGCUCCGGCAGCAGCAGCAGCAGUGUCAGCAACAAGGAGUACAGCCGGCAGCUCACCGCCCUCAACUGCUCGGUGCGGGACUGGAUCACCAAACACGUGAACGACAACCCGCUGUGUGAUCUCAACCCCAUCUUCAGGGAUUAUGAGCGGCACCUGUCCAGCAUCGAGCGGCAGUACGGCGCCGGCUCUGCUGCUCCAUCUGACGGGGGCUCGGAGGAGAAGAAGCAGGGAGGGAUGCUGCCAACCACAGCCACCCCUCCUCCUCCUCCUCCCUCAUCUUCCUCCUCCAGCAGCAGCUCGGCGGCUCCGGCUCCAGGCGCCACUUUGUUCUCCUUUGGUAAAAAAACGACAGAAGACUCGACCCGGGACAAAAGCUCCGCCGCCGCUCCGAUCCCCGCCGGCAUCACGUUUAACUUCGGCCAGAAGGUGGACAGCUCUGUCCUCGGCUCCUUAGGGUCCAAAACCACGACCCCCAGCUUCUCCUUCUCCUCCUCCGGCGCCUCCUCCAGUCAGACCUCCCUGUUCGGAGCUCCUGGAUCCGCCGCUCCUCUGUCCUUCAGCGGGACGAAGGCUGAGGACGCUAAGGCUGCAGACGAGAACGGAGAAGAAGAGUCGGAGGAGCCGCCGAAACCUGACAUCAAAGAGGUGAAAGAGGACGACGCUUUCUACUCAAAGAAGUGUAAAAUGUUCUACAAGAAGAACUCGGAGUUCAAGGAGAAAGGAGUGGGAACUCUGCACCUCAAACAAACAGCGGAGGGAAAAACUCAGUUGCUCAUUCGCGCUGACACCAACCUGGGAAACAUCCUCCUCAACAUCAUGGUGCAGUCGUCCAUGCCGUGCUCUCGGGUCGGUAAGAACAACGUGAUGGUGGUGUGCGUCCCCAACCCGUCCAUCGACGACAAGAACCCCAGCAGCCCCGUCCCCCUCCUCAUCCGGGUCAAGACCGCCGAGGACGCCGACGAGCUCCACAAGAUCCUGGAGGAGAAGAAAGGCUGAACCCCGAGCUUUUAGCAGACUUCACCUGGUCAUCCUCUGACCCCCCCCCCCCCCCCCCCCAGACUCAUCACCCUUCUCCUCAUCACGCCGGUUUUAUCCACACACACACACACACACACACACUUGUACUUAACUCCUGGUAAAUCAGCUGUUCCAUCACAAUGAAUUGGUCGUCAUACUGUGAAAUCUUUUAGUUUGAAAUCAGAAGCAGGUCGUUGGCGUCGGCGUCGGCGACCACAUUCCUCCUCCGACGCUGCUGCUGCUGUUUGAUCAGAGACGGAAGGUGUGUCGAUCAGCCUCAGUGUUUCACGAGUCGUCCUUCGAUCUUUACCACUGAGUUUCUUUGGGGAAAGCUCCAAAUAAAGGUCCAGUCGAUUUGGUUUUACAAAUUAAAUACCUGCAGUAACAGUUAAUGUUUUAAUGAACGUGUCGAGGAUGUCGAGCCGAGCGUCUGCUGAGUCUGGUUUCUGUUUUUUUUUUGGCUCUGGAAACUAUUUAUUGUGUCGGCAGGAAUCAUUUCUCUCACUGAUGGAACCUCGUGUGAAUGUUUCUGAGCGCCGCGUGGAAGGAAGUGUUUUAUUUUUGUUGUUUUUCUGUCAACAUGGACUCUGUUGUUUUCCAAGUGUCCUUUGUGUGGCCUUCGGUCCGGCCGUCGAGAUGAGGCAUGCUGUCAUCGUCUGAGAACAUUUGUAAAGACAUUUUAUUGGGGAAUAAAAGGAAACAAACCAACUCGA